ACCUUUCACCAUUUUCUAGAAGCUGAAAAGGUGGCUAAAACUGUAAUCCUAACAGACCCACAAAGAGCUCUUUGCCAUGCCAGACUACCUUUGGUUUGAAGGAAUACCUUUCCCUGCUGUAGAGUAUGAAAAAGAAAUAAUUGAAAAAAUUCGUGAUAAGUUUGUGCUCAGAGAUGAAGACACAGUCAUACUGACUUACCCUAAAUCAGGAAGUAACUGGCUGGUUGAGAUUGUCUGCUUGAUUCAGACCAAGGGGAAUCCCAAUUGGAUCCAAUCUGUGCCUAUCUGGGAACGCUCACCAUGGUUGGAGAAUCAAGGAACAUAUCCACUAUUAAUCAAUAAGGAAGGACCACGCCUCAUCAGCUCCCACCUUCCCUUCCAUCUUUUCCCCAAGUCUUUCUUCAGUUCCAAGGCCAAGGUGAUCUAUUUAAUCAGAAAUCCCAGAGAUGUUCUUGUGUCUGGUUAUUUUUUCUGGAGUAAGACAAAAUUAGCUAAGAAUCCAGAUUCACUGAGAACUUAUUUUGAAUGGUUCCUCAAAGGAAAUGUGAUGUUUGGAUCAUGGUUUGAGCACACCCGUGCCUGGCUAUCCAUGAGAGAAAGCGACAACUUCCUGCUACUGAGCUAUGAAGACAUGAAAAAGGACACAAAGAGCACCAUAAAGAAGAUUUGUGACUUCCUAGGAAAGAGAUUAGAGCCAGAUGAGCUGGAUAUGGUCCUCAAGUACAGCUCCUUCCAAGCCAUGAAAGAAAAUAAAAUGUCCAAUUUUAGCCUUGUCCCUGAAAAUGUGGCUUCUAAUGGUUUGGUUCUCUUGAGAAAAGAUUUUUCUAGGAUGAGACCACAAUGGGAUUUUAGUUAAGUAUCUCCAAAUCAGAGUAUUUUUCAUGUAUCAUAUAUGUUAAUUCUGUCAAAAAACUUGAUGUGACUCCGUAAGUCCUUUGUAACUUAUCAUAAUGAUUAUAUAUGACAUCCGUAUCUUCUGCAUUUAAAGAUAACUUUUACUCAGGGGAAUUAUUUUUCUUCUACUCACACUCAUUGUAAGCCACGAGCCCCACUGGAAGUGAGAUCAUUUAAGGGGAGACCAACUUCAUUGCUCACCCCACCCUGAUUCAUGACUUCAUAAUAGAGGUUGCUGAGUUGGAUAUCUGGGAAACACUUUUGAAAGAAUACCAUCCAUGAAGAUAAUGUUGGUCUUUUCAAUUACUACAUCAGAUUGGUUCCUUUUUUUGAAUCUUGAAGGUAUGAGUGAUCAAAGAUUAAUUCUAAAAUUAAUUUAAUUACUUACCAUUAGAUGCUUAAUUCCCUAAGUCAUAAUGCAUGAAAAGCUUUGCUAACUGUUAGACUGGCCUUAAGUGGGAGGAAUUCUUUAGACCUAUUUUCACUGUCCUUUAGUUGCUCUUCUCAGGACCCAAGAGAAAUACCUUUUCUUGCCUCUAGAGAGCUACUCUGAAGAACUACUGUUUUUUUUUUGUCUUUUGA